AUGGGAGAAACCGAGCACACAAGCAACGAGGAAUCUUUUGCAGAUCUCAUGGAGGGAGUGUCACGUUGGGAUAUCAGUAAACAACACAUCCCCUCUGAACUCCUCCUUGUGGGCAAGAAUUCCUUUCCAGUGAUGGUGAAUGAGAAGGGCCAGGUGCUGAUUGCCGCGUCCUCCUACGGCGAAGGGCGCCUCCUGGUGGUGGCCCAUGAGUAUUACUUGUUUCAGCCUGGUUUCACUCCAUUUCUUGUCAAUGCAGUGAGCUGGCUCUGCCCCGUUCUUGGGGCUCCGAUUGCAAUCCAUCCAUCCCUGCAAAGUGUAGGAAACCUUCUGAAAAAACAUGGAGUUGAUACAAAAGUGGAGUCGGAACCUAGUGACCCCCAGGGGGUUUACUGCACCACUGCCUACCAAGAGAACUUAGUGGAGAAGCUGUUCCAAUUUCUGAAGGGUGGAGGGGGCCUGCUCAUGGCGGGCCAAGCCUGCACUUGGGCCAAUAAGCAUGGCCAUGACAAAGUGCUGUCCAAGUUCCCUGGGAACCAGGUGACAAGAGUGGGUGGCGUGUACUUCACGGGCAUUCAAGGGAACAGAGACAACUUCAAGGUCUCUCAGAAGAUACCUAUGAUUCCACUGGACGUCAGGUAUGAUGAAGAGCUCAAAGAGGACCAGAAGCAGCUCCUGAAAGGAAUCUCGGAGCUGGACAUCCGGGCGGGGGGCAUCCCCUCGCUGCUGCUGGUGCACGGAGAGCUGGCCUUUCCCCUGGGCAUGGACAGCUCCUUGGGCUGCUUUCUGGCAGCUUCCCGGUACGGCCGUGGCCGCGUCGUGGUGGGAGGCCACGAGAACCUGAUCCUCAGUCACAGGAUGCACCCGUUUGUGCUCAACGCUCUCCACUGGCUGGCAGGGAGGAAGAAUGGGAAAAUCGGCUUAGACUCCAAAAUGAGCGCUCUGGGCCCCAUGUUAACCAAAAACAAGUUGGAGUGGACCAGCACGAAUGUGCUGAGCAAUGACUUGAGUGUCUUCUGCAGUUUUGUCUCCCUCACCCAUAUGGACCCCCAGAAGGUAGAGGAGUUCGUCGCGGAAGGCGGAGGGUUGUUGAUGGGAAGGCAUGCCUGGCUGUGGAGUCUCCAGCACCCUGAUUUGAAAUGCAUGCUGCAUUUGCCGGAGAAUAAGUUCCUUGCCACCUUUGGCCUUGGCAUCACGGAUCAGACAGGGCAACGAAACCGCUUCCCAGUCCCCAAGCCUGAAGACACAAAAUACCACAUCCGUACCGCUCUCUCCCAGCUUGCCACCUACCUGUACAGCGAGAAGGGCUCCAUGCAAGAUAGCUGGCGGGAGAAGCUCAUCAAAGACUGUUCCUACCUAUUCCAAAUCCUCAACUACGAUGCACCCAUCUACAAGUCCAUGAAGUGGCACAUACUGCAGAUGAUCAAGUGGGAUGGUUUGCCACACGUGGGCAGGGAGAGCCCCAUCACCAAGGGUAGCUCGCAAGCUGUCCUCCUAUCUUUGGCUAUAGAGCUGGUCAAUUCAGGAAUUGCCAGCUCCAUGUUGCUGGACCACCCUGCCUUUCUACCCACCACGGAAUCUCCCGUCACUAUUGAGAUCCAGACAGAAAACCACCACUCCUGGGUGAGCACUGGCCUCUACCUACCCGAAGGGCAGACUCUAGAAGUAACAAUGCCUGGUAAAGCUGUUGGUGCUAACUUGAAGGUCCUCAUUGGCUGCCACACGGACAACCUUAGCUAUGCAAAAACUUACCACCGCCCCCCAUUGGUGACAAAGACUUACACCUUAGAUAAACCGAAGAAGUCCUUCUCCUGGCUGUGGGGAGGUCUCAUCUACAUCCUUGUACCCUCGAACUAUAAACUGGGUAGUAUACCCAUCACCAUCCGCGGGGCCUCCUGGGCCCCGUCCUUCAAACUGGGUAAGACCUCGAAGGAGGAGUGGAAGCAUCUUCGCCUGCAGAACCCAGCGCCCUGGGGAGAGCUGUCCACAGAGAACAUCAUUCUGACUGUGCCAACUACCAGCCUGCAGACUCUGGAGGACCCGGAGCCCGUGCUCCAACUCUGGGAUGAGAUGAUGCAGGCCGCGUCUGGGCUGGCGGCCAAGCCGUUCCCUUACCGCCGACCCGAGAGGAUCGUGUUUGACGUCCAGGUCUUAGGAGGCCUGUUGCACGCCGGAUACCCCAUCGUGGGCAGAAUAGAAAUAGUAGGAGACUUUAUCUCUGAUGCCGCAAUAAGGAAAAACGGUCUUUGGAGCGGCCUCCAUGAGUUGGGCCACAAUCACCAGCAGAGUCCAUGGAACUUCCCGCCCCAUACUACCGAAGCCACCUGUAACUUGUGGGCGGUCUACAUCCACGAGACGGUUCUAGACAUCCCCAGGGCUCGGGCCCAUCCCGAGCUGAAGCCUGAAACUCGGAAGAAGAGGAUCAAAAACUAUGUGGACAAGGGUGCCCCUUUGCGUGAAUGGACGAUGUGGAUAGCUCUAGAAACCUAUCUCCAGCUCCAGGAGGCCUUUGGGUGGGAGCCAUUCACCAAGAUCUUUGCUGACUACCAGGCCAACUCUAAAGGUCCCAAAGACAACACUAAGAAGAUGAAUCUUUGGGUAAAGAAGUUCUCUGAAGCAGUGAACAAGAAUCUGGUUCCUUUCUUUGAGACCUGGGGCUGGCCAGUCGAGAAGGAAGUGUCAGACAGCCUGGCUUCUCUGCCCGAGUGGGAGGAAAAUCCCAUGAAAAUGUAUGUGUCUUGUUCUGGGCAUCAUUUCAUCAAAAAUGUUCACCCGUUCAAGUACCAUCAUAGGAGCAUAGGCCAGAAGGGAAAUAAUCGGGAAUAUAACAUACUUUUCCGAAAUGCUAAAGAAAAAAAAGAGAGGCAUCCCAAAGAAAUGUCUGCAAGGGGCCAGCUGCUGAGCAGCCUUCCCAGGGCGAUGGGGGCAGCAUCCUUAGACCAGCCACAGGAAGGAGGUAGGGCUCCGCUGCCCGCAGCUACGUUACAGCUCUGGAAUGAAACUGCCUCUCCUUAUCUUGGAAUCUGUAACGAGGUGGAAUUCGAGAUUCAUGUCCCGCUGGAGGUCUUCUAA